GCUUGAUUUUGAACGAUCGAUCGCCCGAACGCGCCACCGGACGCACGCGCCGCCGCCGUUGCGUGACGGACGCGGGCUGUGCGCGCAGACGCCGCCCGCCUGGAUGCAUAUGCAGCAUGAUCAACAGCGGUCCUCUCGACCCGCCAUCCAUACCCGUCCCUGCACCCUCGUUCGUGGGUGCCAUUCAGCAGGGUCGCCCAGCUCGAGCAAACAAUCCUGGCUGGUCUAUGAUCAAGGUGAAACACGCUUCGAAUUCCUGGCAGACCAUAGACAGCCAGAUCAAUCUCAAAAGUCGGGAUCAACAUGGACGCCAAGCCAAAGCUUGCAUUCUCCUUCAAGAAGACCGUUCCCUCCAUUGGAUCUAGUGGCGUCUCGGCAUACCCAGGCAAUGCGCUUAGCCAAGCUUCAAGCUCGAUCUCUCAGGCAUCCUCGAGGACGCAAGCACCCAAGACGACGCCCAUUACCGGGUUCGGCGGAGAUGAUUCGGGCGGCGAAGAUGACGAGGAUGUAGCGUCUGCUGCGAGCGGGAGCAGGCAAAGCAAAUCAAGCUCCAAGGCCAAGACGAAUAGAGUCGGCAUGGGCGCAGCCCCGCCUUCGAAAGCUUCCGCCGCUAGUCAAGCGGAAGCGUUGCAGCUUGAUGCUAACAUCAAUGAUUACGAUGGGGUCUGGGAUGCCAUGAAGAGUGCAGAGAAGGCAAAGCAAGCAUUAAUAGACGAGCAAGUCAAAACUCGAGAGUCCAAGUAUUCCUCCGCGUUUGCAGCUUCCGCAACUAGGAGGAAGAUCGACAGAGCGAGAGCAGAGGCGAAGAAGAUCGCUAGGGAACGAGACGCGGAAGGCGCUGAAUUUGGAGAUACGGAGGAGUUUGUUACCGAAGCUUACAAAAAGCAGAUGGAGGAGAUAGCAGAGAUGGAGAAGCGCGAGGAGGAGGAAGAGAAACGCAACAGGGCCGCCAAAGCUGGUGGUAUGGCCACUUUCCAAAAAGAUAUGCUAGCAUCCAGAGCUUCGGCGCACGAUGCGGCCGUUGCUGCUUCUCUCAGGCCUCAAGAAGAUGGCGAAGAUGCGACUGCUUCAAGAGGAACACAAGAGACAGCCGAGGCGAAGGCAAGUGCGACUUCUCAUCGCAAGCUUGCGGAAGAAGCACGGGCGAAGGGAUUGGAUGUGAGGCUAAACGACGAUGGAGAGCUGGUCGAUGAGAGGUCCGUGCUGUCCGCUGGUCUCAAUCACGUCUCCAGACGCGCCAAAGGCAAGGAUAUGGACAUUGGUCGUGGAAACAGCAGAGCGGCACAUCAAGGAGCUCGUUCUGGUCGAGACGGAGCGCAAGAAGCGAGGGAGAUGAGGAAUGGACAAAGAGCGAGACACUCGCAGAUGUUGGAAGAGCAGAUGAUGGAACUGCAAGCGAAGAGGGAGAGGGAUGAAGAGGAAGAGAUGAGGGAGAAGAAGAGAAAGCUAAUGGGAGAGAGAAAGAAUGACGAGAAACAAAUUGGCAGCGCGAAGGAGAGGUACAUGCGAAGAAAGGCGGAAAGGGAAGCUGCUGCUGCUGCUGAAUGAGGCGCACUGCGGACUUCCGUCAGGUGUAGACGAAGCGUGGACUGCUACGAAAAGGUCGCGCUGUGCACUUUUAUCCACUAGCCUCGAGUCUCAUGUGUCCAUCCGCGAUUGGAAUGAUGCCAGUGAUAGGACAUGCUCGUAUUCAG